AGCAAGUUACUAGUAAGCGUUGACAAAUGCUACGCAUUUCACUGUUGCCACGGUCAUUCGAGCUUCGAAAGUUGCUCGCGUGAGGGUGUUGUGUAUGUUCGUCGUCCCUCCCCGCUCAUCACUAAGUACCCGCCGGCCGUUGGCUUUGGCUCCAUCCAACGAACGACUCCAAUAUGGCCGAUGCACCAUUUCCCCCGUCCGGUGGAGCUCGAGGAGCUCCUGUAACCACCACAUAUUCCGGCCCAAGCAUCUCGACCAUCCCCCGUCGUUCAUCCUACGCUUCCGUCCUUUCUGGAACUGCUCUCUCGCCACCAACUAACAGUGGUCCGUUCUCGCAACUGCUGACCUCGAACUCCACUUCUUAUCCCCCACCAUUUCCUCCCGACGGCCGCCAUCUGAGGCCAUCCGCAGACCUGGAUGCAGACAUGCAGAUGAACUCCCCAUGGAGGAUGUCGUCCGGCGAUACACUUCCUCCUUAUUCCCGGAAAUACGCCAGCUUCGCUCGUUCUGAUCCCUUCCCCCAAAAUCCCGGCAGCUUCUCCGAUGUUGCAUCGUCUUCAUUUACGCCAUCAUAUCUGCGUAACUCCAGGUACAUCUCCCGCCUCGAUGCAGCCCGUCGAGCCAAAAUGGCGUCCCAACGGGAUGCCAUUUAUUCUUCAUCAACGUCGAAUCCCAUUUCUACCUCCUCCAGUCAAGCGAGCCUGCCGCGUAUAGCACCAUCUCAUCGUGGGAUGACCUAUGAUAUCAUCGAGAGGGAACCCUCUAGCGAUGACGAACACGUUAUGCCACUUCCUUCACGGUGGAACGACGGAGAUAAAUAUUCUGGCCUGGAGCUUACAAGCGGGGGAUUGGAGGUCCGGUAUACCGGCCCGAUCAAUAAACACGAUCAUGAAGCUGCCGCCGUCCGCGCAGAUAACCCGAUGCCGCCGCAGUGCGGGAUCUACUAUUUUGAAAUUACGAUUCUAUCCAAACCUAAGGAGGGAAUGAUCGGAAUCGGAUUCUCCAGUAAUAAAGCAUCAGUUGAGCGUCUCCCGGGAUGGGAGCAAGAAUCUUGGGCGUACCAUGGCGAUGAUGGCAAGUCAUUCUUCGGUGAAAGUCAAGGGCAAGGAAGACAAUACGGCCCUACCUUUGGUGUAAACGACACUGUGGGCUGCGGUGUCAAUUUUUCGACGGGUUGUGCAUUUUUCACUAAAAAUGGCGUAUUUUUGGGUAAUGCCUUUCGGGAGUUGAGAAACCUGAAGGUCUACCCUUCGGUGGGUAUGAAAAAACAGCCGCCUGUGCAUUUGGCGGCGAACUUUGGCCAACAUCCGUUCAUGUUCGACAUUGAUGGCAUGGUUAAGAAAGAGAAAUUUGCCAUUCACUCAGAGAUUCGUGCCACCAGCACCGCUAACCUACAGCCACCCUUGGACGAGUCUGCCUUGCUCCAAGAACUGGUUGCACAGUUCCUAGCUCAUGACGGAUAUGUUGAAACGGCUCGGGCUUUUGCAGAAGAGGUCGCUGCAGAAUCGGCGGCGCUGCAGAAUGGGCGUGCGGAGCCACUGAAGAAGUAUGAGGCAGAGGAAGAUGUUGAAGCGAUCAACCGGCAAAAAAUCCGAGCAGCGAUACUGGAUGGAGAUAUCGACAAGGCACUGAAGUACACUAAUGCUUAUUACGCCAAUGUUCUGCAAAACUUCCCUCAUAUCCACUUCAAGUUACGAUGUCGGAAAUUUUUGGAGAUGAUGCGUAGAUGCAACGAGCCCUCCUGGGCUGCAUCUAAGAGAGAGAAGUCAUCUAAUGGUCUUUCUGACGGCAGUGCCGUUUUUGACGAAGAGAUGGAGCUUGACGAACAGAUGCACCACGGUGGUGGCUGGAAUGCGGAUGGAAUGGAUACGGAAGAGCCUGAGAACGCUGCGAAGUUCAACGAGCUCCUCACCGAAGCCGUCCAGUAUGGACAGCAAUUACGCCUAGAUUAUCCGAAUGACGAGCGCGGAGGGAACAAGAAGAUGCUGGAUGACAUUUUCUCCUUGGUGGCGUAUCCUGAUCCGAAGCAGUCAGUCCACGGGCAUUAUCUAGACCCUGCAGGCCGCAUUGCUGUUGCGGAGGAGUUGAAUUCGGCUAUAUUAGUUUCACUUGGCAAAUCAUCAUCGGCUGCUCUGGAGCGGCUAUAUCAACAGACGGAAGUGCUGGUCAAUGAAAUCGGUGAAGAAGGAGGCGCCGGGGCGUUUAUUAAUGUGCGAAAUGAUUUUCUGCUUUGAAUCCUUCCGCAGCAUGUUCGGGACUGAUUACUUGAUUAUUCUGUGGGCGUGGCAUAUGAAGACUGGUAGCCCUUUUUUUCCCCUCUUUUUUCUUUUUCUUUUUCCUGAUUGUCUAUUGGUAGCCCUGCACAAUUCCUCUGUCUUUCCUUAUUUCCCGGUCAGGUUGACCUGAUCCUCGUCCGGAGAUACUUUGAGUUUGCUGUGUUCAUAUACACGGACCUAGAUAAGUAUGUCGCCACAGGUACAUACAGUAGUAGCCAUGACUAGUAAUAAUUUUCCAAUUCAAUUCCA